CCCGAUUUGUUCAAGAUUUUUGAAACUUGGUCUGUGGUUUUUCGAGGCGUGUCUCGCCUUUAUCUGGUAUCGUUUCCUCCAUUCUCAUGGCCGCGAACAAAAUAAAAGCCAUUCGGUUCGCUUUCGCUGCUCAAUCAGCGGCCAACAGCUGAGUAACGCGAACAGCAGAACGCGAGUGCGGGCCUAGAGAAACACCGACAAGGAAAAAGAACAAUUCCGACGAGGUCGACGACAAAGAGGGCAACUGCCAUCAGAAGACUACCAGAAGGUUAGAAGUUAAGGAACCACAUCGCAUUCGUAACACCGGCCCUGUUGGAAUGCACCCUUGCCUAAAACAACGGAUAAUCCACACGUCCUCCGAUCACUACGAAGAGACAUUCCUCUAGGACAAACAACGUCGAAGCGUAUUGCGUCACAUUGGUUUGUCUCGCUAUACCAGCGUGUGAAGAAUAUCGUCGUAGAAAUUACUUCGAGGAUCAUGGAUUCGUUCGGCUUCAGACAGGAAGAUAGCCGUAAAGCGCAAAAUCCUCGGAAUCCUACCACUCGUCAUUUCGCACCUCUGCUCGUUGCAAUUGUUGGCCUACCUGGUCGUGGAAAGAGUCUCCUAUCCAGAAGGCUUGCCCGCUAUCUGAACUACACCCAUGAUACCACUAAAGUGUUUGAUAUCAGCGAAUACAGGAGGAAAUUAUACGGUAAAUAUGCGUCGCACGAUAUGUUCCGUGCAGAUAAUCUGCCGGCAUGGAACAUCCGUCAACAGAGCUUUAAAUUGGCAUUGGAGGAUAGUGCAAUCUGGUUACAAGAGAAAGGGCACAGAGUGGCUAUACUCGAUGGUCCCAACGUUUCAAGAGCGCAACGUCAGAUGAUCUAUGACCUAGUGCACGAUCAGCUUAACUACCGAGUUAUGUUUGUCGAAUGCGUCUGCGAAGAUCCCAUAAUAUUAGAGAAGAACUUCAAGGAUAUAUUAGAAUAUUCCGUAGAUUACAAGGAUAUGGCCACUGAAGAAGCCUUGAAAGAUUUGAAGUUAAAAAUGACACACUACCAAACCCAAUAUGAAUCUCCUUCAUUGGGCAGCCACUGGGAACUGCCCUGUCCAAUAGUUAAGCUGUUGGAUGGAGGAUACGGAGGAGUAGUGGCACACGGUGUAACCGGUGUUACAGAGGCGAAGAUUCUGGCUUACAUUUCAAUUCCGAGGCCUACCCAGCAGGUACUUUAUUUCAGCAGACACGGCGAAAGUGAAUUCAACGUGGUGGGAAGGAUCGGCGGAGAUGCAGCCCUGUCGCCUAGAGGCAGCAAGUAUGCAGUAGCGUUGGCGAAGCACAUCCAUGCUCUCAAUUUACCGUCGCUUCAAGUCUGGACCUCUACUUUGCAACGAACAAAGGCGACAAGCGAAUUCAUCCAAGCGCCUCAGCAACAUUUGCACGAGCUUGACGAGAUCUACUCGGGAGAUUGCGAGAGCUUGACUUACGAAGAGUUGCAAGAACAUUAUCCAAAAGAGCUGGCUCUUAGAGAUUGCGAGAAAUUAAAAUACAGAUAUCCGCAAGGAGAGUCCUACAUUGACGUCAUGGCCAGAUUAGUCCCUGUCCUGACUCAGCUCGAAUCAGAGACAAACGUGCUGACUGUUUCUCAUCAGGCAGUCCUACGUUGCGUUCUAGGAUAUUACCUUGAAACACCCUUCGAGGAAAUACCCUACUUCCACGUUCCUCUGCACACAAUUAUUAAGCUCACUUUACACGGAUUCUCGUAUUCUCUGGAAACAAUCAAGAUGCCAAUCGAGUGUGUCAAUACAAACCGUCCAAAACCUUCAGAUUGUUCUGUAGGACGAUCAGCUGAAGAUGUUCUUGUCACCAUACCAACACAUUUUGAUUCAGUAACAAACUUGACUUCUUGCAACUAACUAUAUAUUUUUAUAUUUCAUCUCUCUAGAAACAAGAGUGGCUCCAAAAGAAAGUAGAAUGUAACUGUGAUUUUUAUACAAUUAGGAAAUGUGUAAGAGCAAUGUUCAAUAAUCAGAUACUUAAAACGAUCAAUAAAAUUAUAAACAUA